AUGUGCGCGUUCUCCAGGAGGAUUCGAUCGGAUGACCCAUCCUGGUCACAACGCAAUGCGUUUCGUGCUUCGAUAUUUGAAAGAUUUAUCGAGCCAUGUAACAAAUCGUGGAGAAAACGCCUGCAAGCGUUUUUACAUCUUCCAGGCGGUGAUAUGUUGGAAACCCAAAGAUGGCAAAAUCGAGGACAGCAGGUACUACGAGAAGUGGAAGAGUGUCGGCGUGUAUUAAAAGAGCACCAUCUCAAAAAGUGUUUUGCCCCAUUCUAUUGUUAUCGAGAAAUUCGAUCUUUACCUGCUGAUGAACUAAUUUGGGCCAAUCAGUCUUGGAUUGUUUUGUAG